AUGCUAUUGCUACUAUUGAAUAGUGUGACUGCCAUACUGACCAUAUCUUUUGGCAUCUUUAACAGUAAUUCGCCAGGUUCAGAUGGACAUACAUCGAAGGAACUGCGAUUCAUGAUAAAUGAUUACGAUGACCUAAAUCGUAGCAAGUGCAUUGGAACAGUUUCAUUGUUUUAUAAGAAAACUCUUCAAGGAAUUCCGUUUAAACUAGAAACAUUCAACAGCAUCUGGACCAAUACAAUGUAUACAGAGAUUGUACCUGAAAUGUAUUUCAUAAAAGAUCACUAUUAUUGGAUUGGCAUGAAUAAUGAAGCUAGAUCAGGUAUCAUCCAAUUUGAGUAA